GCGGUUGACGCAUCAGCUGCACGGUUAGUCAGAGAGCAGGUGAUCGGCUAGGACCUACUUCCAUUUUCCUGACACUUGGCUUUUGAGCAGAGGGGCCCAAGCCGGGAGAAGUAGGAUGGGGGCUGGAGCGAGCGCAGAGGAGAAGCACUCCAGAGAGCUGGAGAAGAAGCUGAAGGAGGAUGCCGACAAGGAUGCGAGAACUGUCAAGCUGCUGCUGCUAGGUGCUGGAGAAUCAGGCAAAAGCACUAUCGUCAAACAGAUGAAAAUUAUCCACAAAGAUGGUUACUCACUUGAAGAGUGCUUGGAGUUCAUUGUCAUCAUCUACAGCAACACCCUGCAGUCCAUCAUGGCCAUCGUGAAGGCCAUGAACACACUCAAUAUUAACUACGGACACACUGAUCAGCAGGAUGAUGCCCGUAAACUCAUGCAUCUUGCAGACACCAUUGAGGAGGGCACCAUGCCCAAGGAGAUGUCAGACAUCAUUUUGCGCCUGUGGAAGGACUCUGGCAUCCAGGCGUGCUUUGACAGGGCCUCGGAGUACCAACUCAACGACUCUGCUGGAUACUACUUGAAUGACUUGGAGCGACUGAUCCAACCAGGCUAUGUGCCCACUGAGCAGGAUGUGCUGCGAUCAAGAGUGAAGACCACUGGUAUCAUCGAGACCCAGUUUUCCUUCAAAGAUCUCCACUUCAGAAUGUUUGAUGUGGGUGGCCAGAGGUCCGAGAGGAAGAAGUGGAUCCAUUGUUUCGAAGGUGUGACCUGUAUCAUCUUCAUUGCUGCUUUGAGCGCCUACGACAUGGUGCUGGUGGAGGACGAUGAAGUGAACCGAAUGCAUGAGAGUCUGCACUUGUUCAACAGUAUCUGCAACCACCGCUACUUCGCCACCACCUCCAUUGUACUCUUCCUCAACAAGAAAGACGUGUUCCUUGAGAAGAUCAAGAAAGCUCAUCUCAGCAUGUGCUUCCCUGAAUACGAUGGCCCCAACACUUAUGAGGAUGCUGGUAACUACAUCAAAGUACAGUUCUUGGACCUGAACUUGCGCAGAGAUGUCAAAGAAAUCUACUCUCACAUGACCUGUGCCACAGACACAGAGAACGUCAAGUUUGUGUUUGACGCCGUAACCGACAUUAUCAUCAAAGAAAACCUCAAAGAUUGUGGUCUCUUCUAAGAGCCAUGCUGAGAAACCCGAUUAAGGGUGAUGUUGUAGCCCUGUCACAUUCCAAAAAUCCCCUCUCAAUUCAAGCUGAGGACUGAAGAUGAAAACCGUCCCCUCAAACAGCCGUCCUCACACCGGCGAACGCAAGAAUUAAAUAUCAGUUUGUUGUGUUCAAAAAUAAGUUGUAGCUUUGACAAAAUACUUCGGGUCACCUGAGACCAGGAGACAGCUCCUCAGUCAGAAAAUCCUGUGCAGAUUUCAGAUGAGUUGAAUUUUAGUCGAGCUAACUUCUCGUUUGGAGGGCUAUGCAAUCUAUAGGUAAGACAUCAAAAGCUUUGUCAGCAUAACGUGAUUUCUUCUCACAUUCACUAAUGUGAAUAGAUGUCAGGCUAAUAAUGUAUAUUUGCUCCAGUAACUGGUCAGUGUACAGCUAUGAAGCAAACAAGGGGGCCUCACCACCUGCAGACGCACUUCAACUUUUAUUGAAAAUGUGUAAUAAAAAGAACUCGUCACUAGAAAUGGCAUUUAUGUACAAGAACUCUACAGCACAAAUUAAGCCGCAAGUCAAAGAGGUAACAAACAGAACUUUUAAGUUAAGCAUUAGAAAAUGUAACUUUUUGCAAUAGUUAAAAAGGGCCAGUGUAAAUAUUUAAAGUGUUUUCUAUUGGACAGUUUAUGAAGUGUGGUGAUACCAUGUGGAUCUGUAACGCUGCUGAGUGAUAGAUGUAAUAUACUUCAAUUGAAAAGCCCUUGUGUAAAAGUUCACUGAAUCCACGGGCCAUUGAGCCAACUAUCCUGUACAGAAACCCAUGAUUGUAAACCUUGAGUAAACCUAUUAAAGCUUCUGUAGAAAACUGA